AUGGAGGACGUCCAGCUGCCGUCGCUCAAGACCCGGGACGCGCGCGAGUGCCUCGCGCGCUGGGGCCUCGCGGGCCUGCGCGUCGGGCGCUUCCGCUACGAGUUCCAGGGCGACGUCGACGGGCGCAACGCCGCGGCCUUCGUCGCCGGGCUGCUCGACACGCCCGGCGUGCGCGCCUGGCUCAACGCCGAGGCGCCGGCCGACGCGGCCGUCGAGGCGACGCGGCUCGCGACGACGGCGACGUCCAUGGCCCUCUUCGACCCGCUCGUCGAGUGCGCCGAAAUCGCGCUGCCCGCGGGCGGCGCGCGCCAGUGCCCGGAGGUACGCCUCGGCGGCGUCGCCGUCGACGACGAGCUCCGCAAGUGGCUGCUCGUGACCGCGGGCUUCGGCGCCGACGACGACGACGUCGACCCCGUGGAGUGCGCGGCCGCGGCCGUCCCCCGCGACGAGCUCCUCGCGCGGCUCUUCUCGCUGCUCGCCGUCGGCGGCGCGAUGAGCCAGCCCGACUACGCGCUGGCGCCCUACCUCGACCUCGCCAAGGCCCUCUACCGCGACGUGGCCACGGUCUACCGGCGCGCGUCCGACGGCGAGGUCGCCAUCGCGACGAAGGCCUUCGCGGUCGCCGGGCCCGCGGCGUUCGCGCGGAACGGCGCGCACCCCCACGACGCGUGCCUCCUCCUCGUCGAGCCGAAGAAGCGCAGCGCGACGCUGCUCCACAGCGACGGCGGCGGCGGCGCCUGGUAG